AUGCUCCAGCGCAUCUACGGCACGGCCUGGCAGGAGAACUGGCAGCUCGCGGAGCACAAGCGGCGCCUCGAGGAGGCGAAGAAGCGCGACCACCGCGUCCUGGGCAAGAAGCUGGACCUCUUCUCGAUCCAGGAGGCGGCCGGCGGCGGGCUGUGCUUCUGGCACCCGCGGGGCGCGCGGAUCCGCAUGCUCAUGGAGGACACGUGGAAGGCGGCCCACGAGCGCGGCGGCUACGAGCUGCUGGUCACGCCCCACAUCGCGAACGUGGACCUCUGGAAGACGAGCGGCCACUUCGACUUCUACGCGGAGGGCAUGUUCGACCAGAUGGACGUCGAGAAGGAGCAGUACCAGUUGAAGCCCAUGAACUGCCCCUUCCACUGCCUCGUCUACAAGGACCAGCUCCGGUCCUACCGCGACCUGCCGUUCCGCUGGGCCGAGCUCGGCACGGUCUACCGCUACGAGCGGAGCGGCACGCUCCAGGGCUUGAUGCGCGUCCGCGGCUUCACGCAGGACGACGCGCACAUCUUCUGCACGCCGGAGCAGCUCGAGGACGAGAUCGUCGCCGUCCUCGAGCUCACGGAGGAGAUCCUCUCCAAGUUCGGCUUCGACGACUACGAGCUGAUGUUGAGCACGCGGCCCGACAAGGCCGUCGGCUCCGACGAGAUCUGGACCAAGGCGACGGCGGCGCUCAAGGGCGCCCUGGACCGCAAGGGCUGGGACCAUGGGGUGGACGAGGGCGGCGGCGCGUUCUACGGUCCCAAGAUCGACCUGAAGAUCAAGGACGCGCUGGGCCGCCAGUGGCAGUGCUCGACGGUGCAGUGCGACUUCAACCUGCCCGAGCGCUUCGAGCUCGAGUACCGCGCGGCGUCGGGCCAGGCCGAGCGGCCCAUCAUGGUCCACCGCGCCAUCUUCGGGAGCCUCGAGCGCUUCUUCGCGAUCCUGCUGGAGUCGUGCGGCGGCGACCUGCCGCUCUGGCUCGCGCCGACGCAGAUGCGCCUCCUGCCGGUCACGGACGACGCGCGCGACUUCUCCAAGGCCGUCGCGGCCAAGGCCGCGCAGCGCGGCAUCCGCUGCGAGAUCGACAGCGGCAAGGACCGCCUCAACAAGCAGAUCCGCAACGCGGAGACGCAGCGCGUGCCCAUCAUGUGCGUCGUCGGCGAGAAGGAGAUGGCCAGCGGCGACCUCGCCGUCCGCGCGCGGACCAUGGGCGACCUCGGCACCAUCGACGUCGACGCGCUCUUCGACGAGCUCAAGGACCUCGACGAGCUCAAGGACCUCGACACGGCCAAGUUCACGCCGCCGCCGCCCAAGCCCGACGCCGCGCCCGCGGCCGCCGAGGCGGCCGUCGCCGCCAAGUAA